GGGCGCGAAUUUAUUAGUGUACUAACAACCCGGCCGCGGAGUCGACGCCGCCGCGCCACCACUCCGCCGCACGAUUAUAAACAAAUAAAUACACUCGGGACUCUAUAGUGAACACUUUGUGGACUAUACGAAUGUUAAUUUGGGACUAUUGUGAGAUUUGUGAGACCUUCGCAGUGAACGCUAUCAGGCGCAUGGAUUAACCCCAGCCGUUCACUAUCCGCGUGUGAGUGAGUGAAGUGCCACAGCCCAGUGCUAGUAACCAUGGCUUCACAGAGCCUGGGCCCGAACGGCGGGGUGUUCAGCCGGACGCAGGCCCUGUCCCACCUGCCUCAGAGGCCACCUGUCAACAUCAGCUUCCAAGACCUUACGUACACAGUGCAGGAUGGCAAGAGUUCAAAGUUGAUACUGCGCAACAUAAACGGCGAGUUCCGGUCCGGGCAACUGACUGCCAUCCUCGGGCCCUCCGGCGCCGGCAAGAGCACCCUGCUCAACAUACUGGCUGGAUAUAGGGUAGUGGGCGCGGCCGGGUCAAUCUGCACGAACGGGUCCCCGCGCGACCUGAGACAGUUCCGCAAGCUGUCGCGCUACAUCAUGCAAGAGGACCUGCUGCAGCCGCUGAUCACCGUGCAGGAGGCCAUGGCCAUCGCCGCCGACCUCAAGCUGGGCUCCGAGAUGACCCGGACCAAGAAGAGAGUCGUUGUAGACGAGAUAAUCCAAAUGUUGCGGCUCCACAAGGCGCGGGAGACGGUCACGGAGCGGCUGUCGGGAGGCGAGAGGAAGCGAGUGUCCAUCGCACUGGAGCUGCUGAACAACCCCCCUGUCAUAUUCCUGGAUGAGCCCACCACGGGCCUCGACGACGUGGCUUCAUCCACCUGUGUCUCUCUGCUCAAGCGCGUGGCGCGAGGGGGACGCACAGUCAUCUGUUCCCUUCACACGCCAUCAGCGAGACUCUUCGCGGAGUUUGACCAUGUCUAUGUGGUGGCCGCCGGGAGAUGCGCCUACCAGGGCUCUGCUGCCGGCGUGGUCCCCUUCCUGAGAGAGCUCAACUUGCCAUGCCCGAAGACGUAUAAUCCUGCCGAUUUUGUGAUAGAAGUAUCAAGCGGAGAGUACGGUCAACACGUGGAGCGAAUGGUGUCAGCAGUAGACAACGGACGCAACCACAGAUGGAGAACCUUCGCCAUAGAGUGUGCUGAAGACGUCAUAGAGGACCAGGACAUAGAGCAGUUAAACACCGGCAAUGCUGAGGAGCAGGACAAGAUAUACUGCAGUACAGCGGCCCAACAGUUCCUGAUACUACUGCGGCGAAUGCUUCUGCAAACUGUUAGAAAUCGGGGCUACCUCUGGCUGCGAGUGGGCCUCCACCUGUUCCUGGGCUUCAUCAUCGGCACGCUGUUCGACAAGAUGGGCUACGACGCCUCCAAGACCAUCUUCAACUUCGGCUUCUGCUACGCCUGCAUCAUUGUCAUGUUCUAUAUUCCUAUGAUGCCGGUACUAUUGGCUUUUCCAACAGAAGUGCAGCUAGUGAAGCGGGAGUACUUCAACAGAUGGUACGGUCUGAAGCCGUACUAUGCCGCUCUAGUAGUCUCUAGAACUCCGGCGACCAUAUUCUUCAGUCUCAUGUACCUCUGCAUCACUUACCCCAUGACGUCACAACCGCUGGAAACUUCUAGAAUACUGAUGUUCGCGACUAUCUGCAUCCUGACGGCUCUUAUAUCGGAAUCUAUGGGAACAGUGAUAUCGUCAUCAUUGAGUGUUGUGAACUCAGUCUUCAUGGGUCCAGCAUUAAGCGUUCCUCUGAUGCUGCUAGCAGUAUACGGCAUAGGGGACGGGGACAACCCCUCCCCGUUGUUCUGGCGGCUGGCUCGCGCGUGCUCCUUCCUGCGGUACGGACUGGAGGGACUCGUGUCUGCUAUCUACGGCCCUCCGAGGAACGACCUGGUCUGCCCUGAUGACGUGGAUUACUGCGAGUACAAGAAUGUUGCUUACUUCGUGAAGAUGAUGGGCAUGUCCGGGGUGUCGUUCUGGCUGGACGUGGGAGUCCUGGCCCUCAUGCUGCUCGCCAUGAACCUGGCAGGAUACUACCUGCUGCGGCAGCGCCUGUCGCCCAACUUCGCCUUCCGAGCCAUCAAGGUCAUCGGCCGCUUCAUCAAGACUAAGAUCAGUGUUUCGCCGCAUUGAAAAUGGGGUGUUAUUGAUGAAGAUUCCGAAGACAAAAGUUCUAAUUUUAGAGCUCUACGAGUCUUUCCGUAAAUCAAAUUUUUCGUAAGCAAAGUGUUUGACAGCUCUAAAAUUACAAUUUGGACCUUCUGAAUCGACAUCCAUUAUUUAUAGUUGCUUGCUACGAUAUGAUCGUAGGUCGCUUAAAUUAGGUAGUGUCAAAAGUGAAUUCUGGGUUUUAAAAUGAUGUAUCUUUAAAUUGAGAUAGAUGGAUUUGAUUGUUUGCUAUUGUAUUUAGAUCGGCUGUGAGGUGUUACAGCAACUUAAGAAGAAGCAAAGUUGUGUAGGUAACUAUACCUACAAUGCAAAGUAUUUAAAACAUAAAGAUAUGGGCAAAUUAUCAUGGGCAUGACCAGAAUUCAUAAUACCACUAUAAUUAUGUGUAAGGCUCUAAUUUAUAGAUUUCUAAAAUUUAUUAAAAUAAUAUUUGACUGAAUACCGUAGGCAGUUUGUACUGACGUGCCAUAGUGAAAAGCACGAUGUAAGUAUAUAUUGGAAUGGAGUGACCAUUCCUGCAUUGGCGUAAGAAUAAUAAGUACCUACAGUCAAUAUCAAAAGUGAAAUCUGUACAUAAAUACAAAAUUUACUUUUGGCGUUUACUGUUCUUACUGUAUUUAUGGAAACUUUUUUAUGAUUGACUUAUUUCGAGUGUAGUACCUAGGUAAUUAUAAUUAAAGCAAAUAGCAAUAGUUUAUUUUUAUAUUAAAAUAAGAUCUGGUGGUCGCUAUACAUUUAAUAUCUACCCAAUGAUUAGAGAGUCUUUCAUAAUAUUUAAAACUUAGUUUAAUUAGAUUAGUAGUGUUGGUAGUAGGUGUAAGUAUUAUUGACUUCAAAACUCAUUUUCAUAGGUUUUGGUUUUAUAUUUUCAUUGUGAUAUGUAUGAAGAUUGUUUGAGGAGAGUUCAUAAAAUAAAAAUAUUUUUUAAACUUUUUGUAAAACUUUAUUCUUUUACUUCCCAUUCUCGAAUAUUAUCACUUGAUAAAAAUAAACACAUUUUUCUUAUUGACUAGCGCUAGGCAUUGAAUCCAACACAACUAUAAAAAAAAACUAUUAAUUUCAAAAUAUCAUGGUCUGCACAGUAAAAUAUAAAAAUGUCGUUUGAAUAUUACGUACCUAUUAAAAGUAGCCGAUUUUCGUACAAUUAAACGAUAAAAGCGAUUAUAUUAUAUUCGAACCCUAUGUCCCUGAUGAGGGAUAACAGGAUUUCAUCAUCACUAUCAUCAAACGAUAAAAAGCUGAUUAAAUGUUUACGGUCAUAUUCCAGGGAAUGUCAGUUUCCUUUGGGCCUCGGGGUCCUACUAGCAGUCUCGUGAUAGGACCACUGGUGCCAAAAGUCUAAUUAAAAAUGCUUAGGUUUCUGUAUAUUUACUACAUGACAAGACUAUAUACAAAUCUCUAUACUUAUCUAGGGUAUAAUAUCUUAUUAUGUAAAACAACAAAGUAUUGAUUGCUACAUGAGAUUCAAUAUAGUACAUAAAUAUAAAUGUCAAGAAAGAUACCAGGUAAGUAUAGGUACUGCAAGAUUACAUACGUACCAAAAAUCUUAACAAAAUUAAAUGUAAAGUACAUUACAACAAAGGAAACCAUUAACUAAGAUUAAAAGUGCAGUUCUUCACACUUUUUUAAAUAUUUCCAGUGCCUGGUUCAGAGUGUUCAGACUUGCGUACAGUAACGUAGAGCUACCUAUAAGUUACUAGCUUUGUGUCAGUUCCAGUUACUCAAUCUAUCUAUGAGAGACAGUUACUUUCAUUUUAACAA